UGUCUGAGCAAAGGAAACAUUUUAUGUAAUUAAAAUGUCCACAAAAUCGGAUAAAACAACAAACUUGUUUCAAUUGACAUAUGGUGGCAACGCUGUGGGAGCGGCAUAAACAGAAUCAGCUGUCUUAGCAAAGGAAACAUUUUAUGUAAUUAAAAUGUCCACAAAAUCGGAUAAUUUUGACUCAAAGCUGAAUAGUACAAAUACUACAAUAGAUGAUGCGUGGGCAAUUCGCCCUUGUCACCUAUACAAGGAGGAGUACGACGACUGCACUAGCUUCAAGGCGCGUUUUCACCAGUACUUCAUAUUUGGCAAGGACACGGAUUGCUCCCAGUGGUUGACGGACUACAGGAACUGCGAGCGUUACCAACAAUCCAACGGCAACGAUGUGGCGGCCGGUGAGGCGGUGGUGAAAAGCGAAGAGGAGCGCCGCCGUAUCCGUCUUCGCGCGCACUUCGCUAAUGACACUUGGAAGAAGCGCAAGGAGCCACCACAAGAUUGGGCAGCUCCACUUCCCGAUUGGAUGGAAAAAAGAAAUGAAAACACCUAUCUGGAGCUGAAGCAGAAGGAACUUUCCGGCCAGACGGUGCCGCAUGGGGAGGAGCGUUCACUGUGUGCGAUCAUGUGAAAAUAAAUAUUUCUGUAGUUAA